GGUCCAUAUUCGGUGGUUCAAGUAAGAUGGAGGAGGCGCUGGCCCGCGAGCUCGCCGAGUGCAUCCGCAACCCGGACCUCCAGCAGCGGCUGCUAUACCAAUGGCGCACGGCCCACGCUGUGCUCUUGCGACUGCCGUCGACGGCCCUUGUUGGCAGUACACCCGCGCCGGCGAGCGACCACGCGCUUGCGCUCUCGCACACCUUUGCGUCCGCGUUUGUGGCCACGCUCCUGCGCCUCCAAGACGACAAGACACGGACGCUGCCCAAGCCGAUUCCGCAGAGCUUGAAGGACGCCUUCUGCGAGAAGUGCUGCGCGCUCUUACUGCCCGGCGUCUCGGCGACCGUGCGCGUCGUCCACCAAACGCACGCCGCGCCGCUGAACCUGCAGCUCGCGCGGGCCCACGCUGCGGCACAGCGCAAGGCCAAGCAUCUGCACAAGCCCUCGAUUAGCGCUCGCCUCGUGCGCGUGCGCAACGCGGUAAUCUCGACGUGCCACCGCUGCAAGCACGCCAACGUCCGCGCCGGCGCGGCCAAGGCGGCGCGCGGCCUCUUUGGGAAGCUUCCGAGCCGCCGCGGAAGCUCCUCGACGGGCAUAAAAGAAGAAGAAAAGGCGGCGGCCGCGCCCAGCGCGCUCGACUCAUUCCUCAAGACGCUCCGGCCACAAAACUGAGUGCGGAAGUGCGCCAUGUGCACAGAGAUGGUGCUACCAUCCAGGACAUAUAUACUACACAAGAAGCAACGACACAGCAGUGA